AUGAUUCGCAAGCAUCUGAAAGGCACGAUCCGCCAAUUGGCCUCUAUCUGGUGUCAGCCUCGGAGACUGGCCCACAGUGCCCCCAAGGAGGCCCCCAAAAUGCCAGAGCUAUCUGGGAAGGUUGCCCCACAGCCCGUCGCCCAGGCUGCUGCCAAAAAGCCAGCCAAACCCGGCAAGGAUGCCAAAAAGGGGGGACGCGUCAAAAUACCUCCUCCGAAGGGUAGUCUGACCAACGACAAGACCACUUUUGGACCUCUGAAGGACGUUGAUCGGAUCUUCCAGAACCUGUACGGCCGCCACGACUGGAGGCUGAAGGGGGCCUGCCUGCGCGGGGAUUGGCAUAAGACGGGGGACAUCCUGGAGCAGGGACCCGACUGGAUCAUGGAGCAGAUUAAAAAGUCCGCCCUGCGAGGACGGGGAGGAGCCGGAUUCUACUGCGCCACCAAGUGGGAGUUCCUCCAGAAGGUCAAGUCCGAGAAGGUGCCCAAAAUGUUGGUUGUUAACUGUGCGGAGGGCGAGCCGGGCACCUGCAAGGACCGGGAGAUCCUGCGCCAUGAGCCGCACAAGUUGCUGGAGGGCAUACUGCUGGCCGGCGUGACCAUGGGCUGUGGCCGGGCUGUUAUCUAUGUCCGGAACCGGUUCUACAACGAGGCCUGCAACCUUCACUACGCCCUGGCCGAGGCCUAUCACCACGGUCUGGUGGGGGACAGCGCCUGCGGCACGGGCAUCAAGUUCGACAUCAUGGUGCAGCGGGGCGAUCGGUAUCUGUGUGGCGAGGAGACGGCCAUGCUGAACUGCCUCAUGGGCAAGCUUGGAAGACCGCGACGUCGGCCACCGUUCCUCACGGAAAAGGGUUAUUUCAACCAUCCGUGUCUGGUUGUCAACGCGGAGUCAUUGUCCGUACUGCCCACCCUCUUGCGGCGAGGUCCCCGCUGGUGGACCGGACUAGGACGAAGCUACAACGCCGGCACAAAACUAUUCUGCAUCAGUGGUCAGGUGAACAACCCGUGCACCGUGGAGGAGGAGAUGUCCAUGCCGAUGCGGGAAAUAAUCGAACGGCAUGCGGGCGGAGUGCAGGGCGGCUGGGACAACCUACUGGCCGUUUUCCCGGGCGGCCUUUCCACUUCCCUCCUCGGUCCUGAGGCAGCCGGCGGGGUGAUGAUGGACUUUGACUGCCUGGAGGCGGCGGGAAGCGGCCUGGGCUGCGGCUCCAUCAUUGUAAUGAGCAAGGAUUGCGACCCGCUGGCGGUGAUGCAUCGAACCAUUGAGUUCUACGAGGAGCACACCUGCAAGCAGUGCACCUAUUGCCGGGAUGGCGCCAUCUGGUUGCCGGAGCUGUUCGGUCGCUUCGCCACUGGCCAGGCCCAUCCCCAUGAGAUCGACUGGACCUCGGUGAUAGCGGAUACGAUCCGGAACAGCCGACCCAUCUGUGCUUUAGGCAUCAGCCAAGCCGUCACAGCCGAUAGCAUGGUCCAGAUGUUCAGCGAACAGAUAAAGGAGAGGAUCGUAAAAUAUGCUGAAGGUUCCCAAUGAAAAGGAAAAGAUUAGAUUAGUUAGUUAGUUAGAUUAGUUUAGAAAUUAGUUGGUUAAGUGCCAUGAUUAGAGAUGAUGAAUAAAUGUAAAAUUUUUAUUAUUAAA